CCAGAGCCGGACCUCCUAACCGCACACAGUCGAACAUUGUUGCUUGCUCGGCCCAGAUCUCCAAUGGCCGCCGCACCCGUCGCUCCGCCGCUAGCCUCCACGGACGACGAGAUCGUCUACGAGUCCAUGCCCUGCAUUCGCGUCUACAAGAAACGCGUGGAGCGCUACUUCGGUACCGAGUUCGUCGCCGCCUCCACGGACGCCGCCACCGGCGUCGCCUCCAGGGACGUCGUCAUCUCCCCCAACGUCUCCGCGCGCCUCUACCUCCCCCGCCUCGACGACGAGAGCGCCAAGCUCCCCAUCUUCGUCUACUACCACGGGGGCGGCUUCUGCCUCGGUUCCGCUUUCAACCCCACCUUCCACUCCUACUUCAACAGCUUCGCGGGCCUUGCCAACGUUCUCGUCGUCUCCGUCGAGUACCGCCUGGCCCCCGAGCACCCCGUCCCCGCCGCCUACGCCGAUUCCUGGGAAGCGCUAGCCUGGGUCGUGUCCCACCUUGCCGCCGCCGGCGACAACGUCCGGGACCCAUGGAUCGCGGGCCACGCCGACUUCUCCCGCCUCUACCUGGGCGGUGAGAGUGCGGGCUCCAACAUCGCGCACCACAUGGCGAUGCGCGUUGCAGCGGAGGGCCUGGCCCACGACGCCCGGAUCCAGGGCCUCGUCAUGGUCCACCCCUACUUCCUGGGCACCGACAAGGUGCCCUCCGACGACAUCAGCCUGGAGGUGCGCGAGAGCCUGGGAUCCCUAUGGCGCGUCAUGUGCCCGACCACCACGGGGGAGGACGACCCGCUCAUCAACCCCUUCGUGGACGGCGCCCCGCCGCUGGCUUCUCUGGCGUGCGGCCGCGUGCUCGUGUGCAUCGGCGAGGGCGACGUGCUCCGCGACCGCGGCCGCGCCUACUACGACCGGCUCAGGGCCAGCGGAUGGCCCGGCGAGGCAGAGAUUUGGCAGGCGCCCAACAAGGGACACACGUUCCACCUCCUGGAGCCGUGCUGCGACGAGGCCGUCGCGCAGGACAAGGUCAUCAGCGACUUCCUCAACCGCUGACUCGCAUCGCCGGUGAUGGCGGCGUUGUUGGGCUUGGAUCAAAUUUAG